ACUUUACGCUCCACAAUCUUAAAAUAUCUGGAUAUAAUAGUCCGUGGUGAAAGAAAGUUCUGUGUUUGACACAAAUUGUUAAUGGUCGGCCAGUAAAUUCAAUUCAUGCAGAAAAACAUAUGAAUGUACAUUGAGGUGCCCUAGAAUACUAAGAGAGAGAGUAUCUGGCGUUUUUUUCUAAAUAUAUUUGACGGUGAAUGUCUUAAAUUGGCGUUUUUGGGGGGGGUCAUCUGGCGCUUAUAGCCUGUCACCAGCUGGCAGCACUGUUAGUGGCAGUGCUAGCUCCUUCGUCCUCAUGUCCUCACGUACCUCUCACCUCCGUGUGUUCGCUUUGAGACCAACCACCGAAGCUGAAUGGAAGAGAAUACCUGGGGCCCAACCUCGAUCCACAAGUGCGCCUAAUCACGCCUCAAUCCGCCCUCUGCACCCAUUGGGACCCAAGACACACGUUGGACCAUCAUCAUCAAUCCCCACCCCGCCCCGCCUUGAUUGAGCGCAGGAUGCCGCGCUAGCUAAUCCGGCGCCGAGAGCGAUAUUCGCCAUAGUUCGAGCUUAAAGCGAGCGCUCAGUUCCCUUUUCUGGACCAUCCGACCUCAAGGGAGAGAGCGUCAUGGAUAGCGGUCGCCACCGCCAGCCCCUUCACCCACCCGCUCAUCACCACCCGUCGGCCUCUCACGCUGGCCCACCUCCGCGCCGCCCACCCCGUCAAUCAUUGCCCGCCAUUGGCCCACCCGUCUCUCCCGACUCGCCCACGCCCUCGUUAGGCUCAUCUAGCUCAGAAGGGCCGGAUGGGCGGAGCGGGAGUAGUGGCGGGGGUGGGGGUGAGCGAGAGCACGGGGGUGGAGCGCAAGGCGGCGGAGGCGCGGAGAAUGUGAUUUCGCUUUUGAGCGGCGAGAAGAUCGUGGACCGGUAUUAUGAGAUGAACUACGUGUGCCCGUACACGGUGCCCAAUUCGGUCAAGGGCACGUUGAUCGUGACCAAUUACCGCCUCUUCUUUUACGGGGCCCAUCGCGAGGGCCCGACCACGGUGGACGUGCCCUUGGGUUGUGUCAGCCGGAUUGAGAAAGUGGGCCGGCAAAGGACGUCCAUGGCCGCGGAACUGGCUUAUGGCUUGGAUAUCGUGUGUAAAGAUAUCCGUAGCCUCCGAUUCGCAUUUAAUAAGAUCGAGAACAAACGGAAAGACAUUUUUGAAACGCUCCAUUUGUACUCCUUCCCGCUGAGCCACACCACGCCCCUUUUCGCCUAUCACUAUCAAGAGAGGCAUAAAGGUGACGGCUGGAACGUGUACGACCCCAUAGGCGAACUCAAACGUCAAGGCCUGCCCAAUGAGAGCUGGACCAUCAGUCGCAUCAACGAGCGUUACGAGAUCUGCGAAACGUAUCCGCGCAUCCUCGGCAUCCCCACCUCCGCCUCCAAGGAAAUGGUGACCGAAGUGGCCAAGUUCCGGUCGCGGGGACGCCUGCCCGUUCUUUCAUGGAUGCACCCGGAGUCCCAGGCCACGAUUUGUCGGUGUGCUCAGCCCCUGGUGGGUAUGACUUCCAACAAGAGCUCCGAGGAUCAGGAGUACAUCCGGGCCAUCAUGGACGCCAACGCCCACACGGAUCGGAUCUUCAUCAUGGACGCCCGACCCAAGAUCAACUCCAUGGUCAAUCGUGUGAAUGGGGGUGGAAGUGAGAACGAGGACAUUUAUCAGAGCGCUGAGCUCUGCUUCUUGGACAUCCAGAACAUCCAUGUAAUGCGCGAAUCGUUGCGGAAAGUCCGCGACAUCUGCUUCCCGGUCAUUGACGACAACCGUUGGCUGAGCAACGUGGACAACACCAAUUGGCUACAUCACCUCCAUUGCAUCUUGGCCGGUGCCGUCAAAGUGGCGGACAAGGUCGAGAACGCCAAAUCGUCUGUGAUUGUCCAUUGCUCGGACGGGUGGGAUCGCACAGCGCAGAUCACGUCCAUGGCCAUGAUGCUCAUGGACCCGUACUACCGCUCCUUACGCGGCUUUCAGGUCCUCGUGGAAAAGGAGUGGUUGUCAUUCGGCCAUAAGUUUGCCCACCGCAUCGGCCACGGGGUCGACAAGCCCAACGACAACGAUCGAUCACCGGUGUUUCUGCAGUUCAUUGAUUGCGUGUGGCAAAUCAUGAACCAGUUCCCCAACUCCUUCGAGUUCAACGAGCUCUUCCUUACAUCCGUGAUGGACCAUCUCUACUCGUGUCGCUUCGGCACGUUCCUCUUCAACAGUGACAAGGAGAGGCGUCAGAAUUCGUUGAGCCAGCACACCCAGUCGUUGUGGAGCUUCGUCAAUAGCGAUCACCACUCUUUCUUGAACCCGACUUACAACGACAUGGCGGAUGGCAGGUCCAUCAUGCCCGAAACCUCCGAGCGCUACUUAAAGCUAUGGACGAGCUACUAUUGUAGGCACAAUCCGCGGAUGCGUCCUCAAGAAAAUAUUCCUUCGAGAGGGUCCCAAAUGUUGUUCUUCAAGUCCCAAUUGAAGACGAAGUUUUCUCACCUGAAGAAAGAGACCUCCCGUCGGACUCAAAAAGAAUCCAUUCCCACACAUGUGGGCCCUCCUUCCUCGGCCAGAUUAAUGAGUUCCGACUCCACCAACAUAUGAGGAUCCAGUUACCAACCAGUUUGAGCCAUUAUUAACCAACAAUGAUGAACGAAAGAAAAAUCAAGUGCCUUCCGCGUCCACUCCCAAAAUACACAUAGUAUAUAAAAAAUAUAUUGAUUUCCAAGGUCCAGAACGAGAGAACUAAAGUGAAAUGAGUCAAUCGCUU